AUGCAGGUCGAUUAUGGCUACCCGGUGCGGGUCGCCGUGACGCUCAUCUGCCUCCAGCUGAUGGCCCCCGUCAGCAGCUCUGACUGUCCCUGGGGCUGGGUGGGGCCGUUCUUCGACAUGUGCUACCGACUGAGCAGCUAUGAGGCCACCUGGACGGAGGCCAGCUCCACCGGCUGUCGGGCGCUACACGAGUACGCCCACCUGGCCUCGGUGAGGGACCUCAACAGCGUCUUCCUGUCCAAGCAGAAGUCCAUCAUUGACACCGACUACUACUGGGUGGGCCUGCGCUCCGGGGACGACAUGUGGAACUAUGACACGGGGGACGCCCAGAUGGUGGACUUCACCAACUGGGAGGUGGUGCGUCACCAGGAGCCCAGCGGCUCCAGCGUCACCAACGACGACUGCGUCAAGGUGGUCGGUCCCGGCGCGCCGCCCGAGUUCCUGCCCGCCGGCCGCUGGCUCGACUGGGACUGCCAGGCGCGCAACGCCUUCAUCUGCUCACGGAAACGGGUGAGCGGGCGCUUCGCAAGCGAGUGGGAUUCGCAUUGCUCUAGCUGUAUGUAG